AUGGUCGAGGUCAACGUGGACAUCAGGGACAAGAGAGAACCUAUUCAGUUUAAUAUUAAUUUAGAAGGAGCAUCUUCAGAUGUUGUUGAAGUUGUGGAAGCUAUAAGAAAGGUUGCAGAGCGUGUUCUCUAUCAUUGGGGAGUAUUUCCGAUAGUAUUGCCACCUCCUUUGGCAGUUCUGACACCAGAUUUAGUGGGUGACAGCAAUAACAGGAAGUCAAAGCCACUAAAUCUGCGAGAUCUUUUCGUGACGCCUUCUUUUGAAGAAUUAGAUGCAGUUGCUUCUGAUCCCAAAGGAAAUCCUCAGAAAUUAAAUGAGAAACAUUUGCAAAGCAUUUGUGAUACAGGGGAAUUUGAUGUUGAAAGUUUGAAUUUUCCUGGACAAGUGCACAGGUGGCGACUUAGUCAGUUGCUACAGAAAGGAACGCAGAAGAUACAUGCAACACUACUUCAGGACAUUGCUCUUGCUGUUAGGUUAAUUGCUGUAACUGCCCGCAGUCGACUUCAUUCUCAUUUUUUUAGUGUCACGCAGUCAGUACGUGCCUUGUUGAGAGGAUGCUUGCUUCUUUUAGAUGCAUUUAUUGGAAUACCAAUGCUUGCGGCAAAAAAUUUAGAUGCUCGCAUAAGAGAAGAAAGAAGCAAGUAUCUAGUAGCUGAAUUAACAGUUAAGGUAAUGUCUAGUAGUUCUUUUAAUUUUAUAUAAAAUAAAAAUUUUUGUU